ACUAUACAGAGAGAAGGACGUGCCAUGCUUAAAAGCCUCCCAAAGCUCUUGCAGCCUCAGCACAAAUAAAAUAUAAGGAGAGAAAAAAAAAAAAAAACAGAGAAAGUUGUCGAUUUUCUUUCUGAUUCUCCGAUGUUCUAAGAUCGAUCUUUCCUUUGAUUUCCGACUAUUUUCUUCAAUCGGGAAGUUAUAUAUUCUAGGCUGCAAUACUGAGAUUUAGAGCUGAAUGGCAUCAUUGGUUGCUAGUGGUAGUAGUCAAAUGGCUCCUUCGGUUUCUGUCCAAGAAAAAGGAAGUAGGAAUAAGAGAAAAUUCAGGGCUGAUCCACCAUUAGGGGAGCCAAAUAAGAUUAUUCCUUCACCUCAACAUGAAAACCUAAGUUAUGAAUUCUCUGCUGAAAAAUUUGAAAUAUCCCCAGGUCAUGGGCAAUCAACUGCUUCUGACUUGUGUAGUAGCCAAGAUCAUUCUGAUGGGUUGAAGCUUGACCUUGGAUUGUCUAGUCCUGUAGUUUCAUCUGAGGUCAGGCUGAGCCAAACUAAGGAGGAACUCGAGGUGGAUGAAUUCCAUGAUGCUGAUUGGAGUGAUCUCACAGAAGCACAAUUGGAAGAACUUGUCCUGACCAAUUUGGACACCAUCUUCAAGAGUGCAAUAAAAAAAAUUGUGGCAUGUGGCUACACUGAAGACGUUGCUACAAAGGCCAUCUUAAGGUCAGGCAUCUGUUAUGGAUGUAAAGAUACUGUGUCUAAUAUAGUUGAUAAUGCCUUAGCAUUUCUUAGAAAUGGCCAAGAGAUUGAUCCUUCGCGAGAGCACUAUUUUGAUGAUUUAGUACAGCUAGAGAAGUAUGUCUUAGCUGAAUUGGUUUGUGUUCUUCGAGAGGUUAGGCCAUUCUUCAGUACUGGGGAUGCAAUGUGGUGUUUGUUAAUUUGUGACAUGAACGUUUCACAUGCUUGUGCAAUGGACGGUGACCCUUUAUGUAGUUUAGGUAGUGAUGGCAUUGCUGACAGCUGUUCUUCUGUCCAGACUGAAUCACAAUCAAAAUUAGAAACAAAAGGUCGUGAAUUGAGUCUUCCAAGUCCUUCUAAAUCUGUCCCCUCCGGUUCUCAAUCUGAGAAAUCCUUUGUCACAGGAAAUUCUGGUUUGGACAACUCAAAGAAUUCUCAAAUUCUUGGUGAACUCUCAGAGAAAGACAGUGCCAGUGCCAAUUCUGGAUGUGAUUCUAUAGAUAAAUCAUCUAGUACUGCUGGAACAUCUCCUUCUCCCUCAGUGGAAGAAAAGUGUGGGAGUGUUAGAAAGGUCCAUUCCAGUAGCACUAAGAGGGACUACAUUCUUCGACAGAAGUCCUUCCAUGUAGAAAAAGGUUAUCGGACAUAUGGAUCUAAAGGGUCAUCGAGAGGAGGAAAGCUGAAUGGCUUGAGUGGUUUAAUCUUGGAUAAAAAACUUAAAUCUGUAUCUGACUCUACUACCAUAAACUUAAAGAGUGCAUCCUUAAACAUAAGCAAAGCAAUGGGAGUUGAUGUGAUACAAGAAAAUCUUACUGAUUUCUCAUCUAAUGAUGGACCAUCCACCCCAACUGCAUUUAGCCUAGAUUCUACUGAUACUGUUUCCCAAUCAACCGAUGCUUCAUCUUCAGUACAUGAAGCAAAUGUUGUACCAGCAGUUGAUAGUCCAAAUGCAUUAUCAGCUACAGACACUGAUCUUUCUCUUUCUUUAUCUUCAAAAAGUAAGUUUUCUACAACAUCUAUCUGCUGCAAUAAUGAAGCACCUAAUACUAGUUGUGUGGCAAUACCGUAUGACAAGUCCCUUGGGCAAUGGAUACCCCAGGAUAGAAAGGAUGAGAUGAUUUUGAAGUUGGUCCCAAGGGUUCGGGAGCUGCGAAAUCAGCUCCAAGAAUGGACAGAGUGGGCAAAUCAGAAGGUUAUGCAGGCUGCUCGUCGGCUGAGUAAGGAUAAGGCUGAGCUUAAGACACUAAGGCAAGAGAAAGAUGAAGUCGAGCGUCUUAAAAAAGAGAAGCAAUCUCUGGAGGAAAAUACCAUGAAGAAGCUUUCUGAGAUGGAAAAUGCCUUGUCUAAAGCAAGUGGACAGCUAGAACAAGCUAAUGCUGCUGUCCGGAAGCUUGAGGUGGAGAAUGCUGCACUCAGAAAAGAGAUGGAGGCUGCUAAGUUACGUGCUGCAGAAUCAGCCACAAGUUGUCAAGAGGUCUCAAGGAGGGAAAAGAAGACCCAAAUGAAGUUUCAAUCAUGGGAGAAGCAGAAAUCCUUGUUUCAGGAAGAGCUAAUGACUGAAAAACAUAAAUUGGCUCAGCUGAAGCAGGAGUUAGAGCUAGCUAAAAUGCAACAGGAGCAAGUUGAGGUUCUAUUCAUCUUGUGGCUGCAAGACUUGUCCUUUAAUCAAAGUAUUGAUACUAGAAUCACAAAAAUGUGAAUGUGAUCUUACUGGAGAGUGAAACAUGAGAGUACAGUGUGGUACACAUGCAUCACUUGCAUGAUUCCGCAGAUGCACCACUCGCAUGAUUCUGAAGAUGCCAUCAUUUUCACUGUUUAAAUGCCAAAUGAGUUAUGUUACUGCGUCUGUUCUCAUCAUAAAGAAAAAUAUCACAGGCUAGAUGGCAGCAGGUAGCAAAGGCAAAAGAAGAACUCCUCCUAGAGGCAAAUUCUAUAAGAAAAGCAAGGGAACAAAUCGAGGAGUCAACAAAAUCGAAGGAAAAUAUGAUCAAAUCAAAAGCAGAAGAGAAUCUGCAUAGGUACAGAGAUGACAUCCAGAAACUUGAAAAAGAAAUUGCAAUACUGAGACAGAAGACCGACUCUUCCAAAAUUGCUGCACUGAGAAGGGGCAUUGAUGGAAGCUACGCCAGCAGCUGUAUGGACACGAAAAUUGGCGCCACCCCAGAAGAAUCCAGGGCGAGUUUUAUCUCAGAACUGGUUACAAAUUUAAAUGACUAUACUUUAACAGGAGGUGUGAAACGAGAAAGGGAAUGUGUGAUGUGCCUUUCUGAGGAGAUGUCUGUUGUAUUCCUCCCUUGUGCUCAUCAAGUUGUUUGCACAACAUGCAAUGAGCUCCAUGAGAAACAAGGUAUGCAAGAUUGUCCCUCUUGCAGAAGCCCCAUCCAUAAGCGUAUUUCUGUACGUUAUGGCCGCACAUAAUUUAUUUACUUUACUCAAUUGAGAGUUUUGAAUAACUUCUGUGGGACUCUUGCAAAGAAUAAUACAUUCAGAUCAUGCAUCUCCACUUCAGAUACAUUUUAAGUUGCUUACAAUGUCAAGGUUGAUUUUCCCCCUUCACUUUUUU